CUUGCCUGAUGAGAAGUCACUGCCACGUAGAGGACCAACUUCUGCUGCUGCACAUUUGUUACAGAAACUUAGCAGCUGCCCGUUUGUCCUGCCGUUUCUCCUGGAAGGUGGCUGUGUCAGCAUGCUGCUGGCGGUGCUGAGCUGGUUCUGCUCCUCCCUGCUGCUGUCUGUCAGCGGGGGGAAGCUGCCUGAGGCUGAGGUGCAGAUAGAAGUUCUGUACAGACCUUUCCUCUGUCACAGAAAGUCCAAGUAUGGAGACAUUCUGCUGGUGCACCAUGAGGGAUACUUCGAGAACGGGACCCUGUUUCACUCUAGUCGAAAUGAAGGUGACAAGCAGCCAGUAUGGUUCACACUGGGCAUCAAAGAGGCGAUCAAAGGCUGGGAUAAAGGUCUGCAGGACAUGUGCUCUGGAGAGAAGAGGAAACUGGUCAUACCUCCUGCACUGGCCUAUGGGAAGGAAGGAAAAGGUAAGAUCCCACCUGAAAGCACUCUGACCUUCAUCAUCGAGGUGCUGGAGAUCAGAAAUGGACCGAGGUCGCAUGAGUCCUUCCAGGAGAUGGACCUCAACGACGACUGGAGGCUCUCCAAGCAAGAGGUGAAAGAGUAUCUGCGUAAGGAGUUUGAGCGUCACGGUUACCCCCCCAACGACACUCUCCAUGAGAACAUGGUGGCAGAUAUCUUUGCCAAGGAGGAUAAGAACAAGGACGGCUUUAUAUCCUCCAGAGAGUUCACUUACAAACAUGAUGAACUGUAAAAUCUCACAAAGCACUCCGUUGUGGUAUAUGGUGGAACCACUUUGGUGCUGAGUUGUUUUUUUUUUUUUUUUUAUUUUGCAAAGACUUUCUCAGGUUAUCUGAAAGCAUUUCAGUUUUAUAGAAGUAUCAUGUUUGUGUAAUGUGUGGCACUUGAGCCCUUCAUGUGUGAAGCUGUGAGUUUGUGUAACUGGUACUUUUAGUGAAUGCUUUAUUUUUGUGGUUUAUUAAAAAAGGUAAACCAGUAAAUUUGUACCUUAUAAACUUUGAAACUUCACUGCAGCACAUUAACAUUGAGGAAAUUAGAAUGGCAUGUGAAUUUUAAAGGCUGUUUUGUUUUUUUUAACGUGUGUUGUAAUCAGUGUGUCAAAAUAUCUGAGGUAGGAGGAAAGUGAGUGCUUGUUGUCACAGUGCACCUGUGGGAAGGUAAAUGGAUAGGUGUUGCUAAAUUUGUCUGUGACAAUUACCCUAAAGCAAAAAAAAAAGGGUAUUUGUUACCUUAUUAGAUUCAGGCAGUUUACUUUUUAAAGCAGGUGUUGAAAUAGAUCGUAAACAAAUCAUUCCACUUACUUUUUGUGACAAGUAACCAUGAUGUCAUUAAACCAAUCUUACAAUCUUACCAAGAA